UUGUACGAUUUCUUUGGUAUAAUUUCAAAAAUGUUUGUCAAAGUACUCUAUGUACUUAUCAACUUGCCUUGUUUUAUGGCGAUUUGUUUCUAUUGAAUUAUUACAAUAUUACUUCAGGGUCGAGAAAUUUUGAAAUCUUGAAUCAGUACAAGGGUAAAGCACCCAGUAAGUAAAAAUGAUGACUAAGAUACUUCACAAUCACGAGUUCGCAAUUAUCGUUGACAUUUUUGACAAGAGCUCUUAAAUACAUUAUAUGCUUAACAGCUCUUAUAAUAGAAUCUACGUUUUGUUCAAACAUUUUAAUGAUAAUCGCGAAUUUUCGAAGUGUUUGACAAGUAUGUUGGUACCGUUGUUGGAGUUUGACAUUUUAGUUACCGACAUUGUGAGAAACGUGUAUUUAAUUUUGUCAUCUUAGUUCCAGUAAUCUUUUCGUCCUUUAGUGCUAGAAACCAUAAUUUGCGAUUUUUGUUCUACAAUUUCCGAUUUUUUUUGGUCAUUCAAAAACAGUGUCAUGUAUGGGACAAAUGUGCCAUACUUGUACCUAGAAAUAUACUGUUUGAAUAUUCAUUUCGUGUAAAAAUCAAAUGCUACUAUGGAUCAUUAUUACUGAUUGCAACUUACAUUUUAAUGUUUGCAGAGUGCCGAAGGUGGGCAUUGGACUUGGGUGGAUAUCAAUUUUCGCUAGAAGAAUCAAGUCUUCAAAACUUUCUUUAUUUCGUGAAUCAAGAAGUUGGAAUCUACGUACCACUUGGGUUUAUAUCAGCAUUGCGACAAGAACCAACCUUCAAAUUUUUCUUCAGAGUUUAUGGUACAUCAGGAAGUCAGAAUCAACCCAACACUUAGGUUCAUAUUAGCUUUGUGACAAGAACCAGUCUUCAAGAAUUAUAGUGCAUCAAGAAGUCGGAAUCAACGUAUCAUUUACAGUGGAAUGAAGAAGAAGAAAAUAGUGAACUUGGACCAAAGGAAACCUAACGAAUAAAUCCAAAUGUUUAAUGUGAGCUUGUAUUAGAAUCGAAUGCAUCAGUGCAAUCAUCAGCAGAAUUUUAAGGACUUCCGAUCAGAUUCUUCCAUCAGCAGUACCAACAUUACAACCACUGUAUACUAAGAGCAAAGCAGAGAAAGCUACAUCAAACUUGGCCAAACGAUUCCACUUUGUCGACAACGAAACUUAACAAUUGCAGUGUUUGUGCGAACUCGUAAAUCCCAACUGAAAUGUUUCUAUUGUUACGGGAAAACAGUGCUAAAUGGACAUGAACAUUUUCGCCUCCGUAUGAAUAUGCAUCAGAAGUUUUAGUUCCAUAAUGUGCUGCAUACAACAGACAAUCAACCAGUGUAAACGCAAACAAUAAUCUUCAAAGGACAUUUCAUGUGCAGUAUUACAUACAGCAUCGCACUUGCAGUAUGCAAAGAAAUUGAUGGCUGCAAUAAGAUAAAAGUUGUACAAACGAACUUGGUGCGAUUGCAGUGUUUAUGUCGACUUAUGUAAACAGAAACUUUUUAUUAUCAAAUCAGUGCUAGAUAGCCGAAACUGACAGUUUACAUAUUAAAAGUGACAACAACAAGAGUGACAUCAAUGAUUAGCAAAGUAAUCAAAAUGAGACAAGUCGAAGUACUAAGAAUCAAAAUAUUAAAAAUAUUGCUUGGAUAGACUCAGGUGUUGCGAAAGUGUACAACACCUGUUCUGUGACAUGACACCAUUGUGUCUUGUGAUAACUGACAUGUGUAGUGAAAUAGUGUCCCUGUUGUGGAAAGGGGUAUCCGUGGGAAGUGUUAGUGCGUGGAAUAAAUUCGUGUAUAGUGAAAAUUAUUGUGCUUCAAGAGGAGUCAAAGAUGAAGGAUCAAACAGGACAAGGAGUUCCAGGACGAAAACGAGGACCAAGUCGGGCGCAGGAGAAGAAGAGCGACGAAAACAACUACGAUCCAGGAGGACAAAGGAGGGACUACGAGGAAGUCAUCAUCGAUCGAGGUUCUUGGAUCAACAGGUCGAGAUGAGUAGAAUACAAGGAGAGAAACUCUCUUGCAAGUAGAUAUUAUUGAAACAUAUAAAAAAGGUAUUUGAAAAAUAAAAAAAAAAGAAGUAACCUCCCGCCAUGAAAACCGGUCGGUGAUAGAUUAAAGACU